CUCCUAGGAUAUCAGAAGCACUCUAAUAAGAUGUGAAACCAGAAAGUGCCGGAAACCAGAGGCUGUGUCCCCUGAGCUGGGCCAGAGGAUUCGGGACUUCCCCCAGCAGGCCCUCCCACUACAGAGGGAGAUGAAGAUGUUUCUGGAAAAACUCUGCUUUGAGUUGGAUUAUGAACCAGCUCAUAUCUCUCUAGACCACCAGACUUCCCACCCCAAGCUCCUCUUGUCUGAGGACUACCGGCGGGCUCGGUUCUCCUACAAAUGGCAGAACUCACCAGACAGCUCCCAGCGUUUUGACCGGGCCACCUGUGUCCUGGCCCAUCGGGGCUUCUCAGGGGGGAGACACACAUGGGUGUGGAUGGUCAGGGUACCUGGGGACCCAGGCUGCUGCCAGCUCUCUUCACCACCAUCUCUACCAGGUGCAGAAGUAGCUGUGUAGAGGAAAGACUACUGGAUUUGGAGCCAGAAGACCUGGGUUCUAGACCCAGCCUUGUAUGAUUUUAAGCAAGGCACCUCACUUCUCUUCAUCUCAUUUUCUUUCAAAAAUAUUAGAGUUCAUUUACUCAUAU